AUGCGGGAUAUCAUGGCCCGUCCCGAAACUGAACUCAGUCACGCCGACGCGGUCCUGGAACUUGUUCAGCUGAAGUACGCACUUGGCCAUGAAAAAUACAAAGCCGAUCCCUGGCCUUGUAUGCUUGUCAAGUCGGAUAUCAAUUCCAAGCUGGAGGCAGUUUGCGAUGGUAUGAACGAGGAACUGAAGUAUGUAUUUGAUAAAUACAUUGGAUGUGACACCGAGUCAUGGAAAGAAGUCGAUUUGUUGGAGACAAUUCGAACGGUCAUUAUGGCCGCAGCGAGUCGAUUUACCGUCGGAUUUCCGCUCUGCCGCAACGAAGCGUACCUUCGAGCCUGCUGGAAAGUCAAUGAUGGGAUAGUGAUGAACGGCGGUCUGACCGGCGCGACUCCGCGUCUUCUGCGCCCAAUUGUUGGCCCGUUAAUCACGAUGAAACUCCGUCGGAGCAUCGAACAGGUCAAGAAACAAGUAGAGCCUAUCUACCACCAGCGGGUGCAGGCACUGAGCCAGCAAAACAGUGCGGAAAAGCCCGCCAGCGAAGAACCGCAGGAUCUCUUCCAGCAAAUGCUCUGUUACGCCCAGAGAGAACGACCAGGCGAACUGCACGACCUCCCCAGCAUGUCCAGACGGCUGUGUUUUGCCAACUUCGCAGCCGUGCAUCAGACAACCCUGCUUGUAACAAAUAUGAUCCUUAACAUCGUCAGCUCAGACUCGCAAUACAAUACCAUCUCCGUCCUCCGAGACGAAGUGAACGAUGUCAUCGGCCCCGACAGCGACACCAAAUGGACCAAAUACAAAGUCGCGCAGAUGAUCAAAUCCGACAGUGUGGCGCGUGAAACCAUGCGGUUAUAUUCAAACACCAACCGGGGGGUCUUCCGCAAGGUCCUAGUCGAGGGCGUCAAAACAGAAGAUGGAAUCGAGCUGCCCAAAGGCGCAUACGUCUCCUUCCUGGGUCGUCCGCUCCAAUGUGAUCCCGAAGCUUUCGAAGAUCCUUUCGAGUACGAUCCCUUCCGGUUCUCUCGGAUCCGCGAGCAGGCGCCCAGAGACACGAAAGGCAGGUCUAGCGCGAGUCAUCUGAGCUUUGUGUCGACUUCGCCGGAGCAUCUGCCCUUUGGGCAUGGAGGCCAUUCGUGUCCGGGUAGGUUCCUGGUAGACUUCGAGGUCAAGAUGAUUGUUGCCUAUCUUCUGAUGAAUUAUGACAUCGAGUUUCCGGCCGAGUAUAAGGGACAGAGACCUGCGAAUCGGUGGAUGGCUGAGGCGCUGGUGCCGCCUUCUGGGGCGCGAAUUAGGAUAAAGAGACGAAGCUAG